GUAAAAGUAGAACGUGGGUUGGCUGGCGGUUAAAGCAAAGAAGAUCCUCAUCCUCUCUCUCGUUUGAUCCCUCUCUCUGGUGGAGAAGAAAUAAAUGGUGGACCAAAUCGAUCUUGAUUGGCCUUGGAGCCUUCCCUUUGUCCUUCUCCUCCUCCUCCUUUCCUGCUCUCUCUCCCAACUCGCUUCGCUGUGUCACUCCGAAUCAUUUUGGGAAAACUCUGGCCUGGGAUCUAUCCGUGAUGGAGCACCGAUUGCUCCGACGGAUGAUGGCCCUAAUCUUGCGGUGGCGCCGCCUGUCGAGGUCAGGCAUACCAUUUGUGAAGAGUUUCACAUACAAGCAGAUCAACAAGGCAACUAGUGGUUUCGGUGUGAUUCUUGAAAGUGGUCCUCAGGGAACAAUUUACAAAGCUCAAUUUCCUAAUGGACUUGUUGGUGCUGUUAGAAGAGUAAGAUCACACCAACUACAGAAUAAUUCCUUCUUGAAAAAUGUCCAACUCUUGGGGCGCUUGCAUCAUCGUCAUCUUGUCAAGCUUAAAGGGUUCUGUGAAGGCAAAGACAGGUUUCUUGUUUUUGACUAUAUGGAAAAUGGAAGGCUGAAGGAUUACCUUCAUGACCCACUGAAAACACCCUUGGACUGGAGAACUAGAUUACAGAUUGCUAUUGACAUAGCGGCUGCUCUGGAGUACCUUCAGUAUUUCUGUGAACCUCCUAUAUACAAUGUGUCCAUCAGCUCAAACAACAUUUUCUUGGAUGAGAACUUUGUUGCGAAGUUAUCUGAUGUGGGCUUUGUUGAUUGUGAUUUAAUCUGCAAUGGUGAAUCAAAUAUCACUUGUUCUGAAGAUAACACUGAACAGAGAAAUAGAAGACUUGUUUUCCAGUUCGGAAUGCUACUUCUCGAGCUUAUCACUGGGCAAUCAUUGCUUAAUGAAGCUGAAAUUGUCCAUUGGAUCCAAGAAUCUGGAUUUGCCUAUUCAAUCCACAAGAUGGUGGACACUGAUCUCGGUGAUAGUUAUGAUUCCAAAGAACUUGGAAAUUUACUUGUCGUGGCAAGAUUGUGUACCAAGGCUGAGAAUGAUACAUCAAUCUCUAUUCCCCAAAUAUUACGGUUUCUGCAGGGACAUACAGGACAUUCUACAUUGUAAUAGUGUGCGCCAUACCGAUAUAAUUUGACUUGCGAAUUUGUAUGCCCUUGAAGAGUGUAACUUUGGCUAAUAAAGUUGAGAAGUUAGUGGGUUUUUUUAA